AUGCUACAGACAUUGUUCAGUCGAGGGUACAGACAUGGAAAGCGCAGUACAAUAGCAUCGAUCAGGACCAUAGCGCUUGACAUUGUCGUUCAAAAGCAGCCACAACAAUGUCGCUCAUUCAUCAGUCUACCCAAGUUACCCAACCUACCCAACCUACUAAAACCACUCACGUCAUCUAGGCAAUACAAAGAUCGCAUCCUAGUCAAGUAUUCGCAACAGGAGUUUUAUGAACUUGUUGCUAACGUGGAUGAUUAUCAGAAUUUUUUGCCUUGGUGCACUUAUUCAAAAAUGUCUAAACCUUCGCCAGACAAUACUGUUGAACCGGAUCCAGCAUUGAGCCAGCUUGGUAUAGGAUUCAAUUCAGUUCAGGAACGAUACGUCUCAACGGUGACUUGUCAGGAACCAUGGACUGUUCGUGCUGUUUCAUAUGACUCAAAACUAUUUAAAGAACUCGCUACCACCUGGAGGUUCACUCCUAAUAUCCCAAAAGCCUCAACACUCGAGGCUACUCUGGACCACGAACUACAAGAGAGGCAUGAUUAUCCUUCGUGUUGGGUGGAUUUUGAAAUCCAAUUUGAGUUUGCAUCGCCAGUGCACGCUUCCAUGUCAUCAUUGUUCUUUGAUCAAGUUAGCAAGGAGAUGCUGAAGGCAUUUAUCAAAAGAGCGGAAACUCUAUUUGGACCACGAUAA